AUGUCACAAAAGAGUUGUCCUCCUCCUGCUGGUUACUAUUCUUUGAUAGUACGCGGAAGCACUUUUAAGUUAUCUGCUAGUUCUUUAUAUUCUGAUAGUCCUAAUUAUUUUACCGAUGCAUUUAACUCGCUUCUCGAAGAAUCUGUAACAAAAACUUUAGUUAUCGAUAGGGAUCCCACAAUAUUUUCAGAUAUCGUUAAGCAUUUACAGGGAUAUUACGUGACACCUCGUGAUGAGGUUCAUUAUACGGAUCUUUAUUCCGAUGCACAAUAUUAUAGAUUACCAAAAUUAAAAGAACAAUUACGUACAAAUUAUAUUGUAAAUGUUGGUGGAAAAGUAUUUCGCGUUGAACGGGAAGUCUUAGAAAAACGGGAUGCACCGAAUUUUUUCACGUCUUUCGGAUUUGGAUACGGUUGGGAACCAAUACUUGGUGAACCAAUGAUUCCCCAAUUUCCGUCAUUACCACCUCCAAUACUUGAACGAGAUCCCGAACUUUUUGCGGAUAUUUUAAGAUACCUUCAAGGAUAUGAAAUUGGAAUUAAAGAUGAAGUUCACAGACAAAAUUUACUUAAAGAUGCAAGAUUUUAUCAUUUAAAAGGAUUAACCGACAAAUUGUUAGCAUCAACUAUAACUGUGAAUGGAUUUUCUAAAGAUGAUUUUUUAUCAGAACUUGAUUUAAAGAAACUUAAAAAUAUUACUAAAUCAAUUAAAGUAUCUGAGAAAAUUAAUAUGAUAAUACAAUCAACGGAAAUGUGUGCAUUUGAAAUUGAUGGAGCAAAAGUCACUUCAGAUGCAUUAACGAAUGUUGAAAAGUUAGCACCUUUAAUGAAAUUAGAUGAUAAUACAGGAAAUCAAUAUUUAUCCCUAUUCGUAACAAAAGCUAUUCUGAGAUUAAAUGUGAAUAAUGAUCAAAUUGAAAUGGAAUUAUUAAAAUGUGAAGCAUUUAGUUCGGAACGAGGAUUUAAUGGAAAAAGGAUAUUUCUGCCUUCUGAUAAAAGAAUUUCCUUGUAG